GCGGAGUCGUUUUAUUGUUAAGGAGGAGAAGCCCAGAGUCCCACACGUGAACCAAGCUAUCAUUCUCAAAACUAGGAGUCCUCCUGUGGAAUUGCCAUCGCUGUAGUGGCUGCAUUCACGUAUUCAAACCGGGACUAGCUGUACCUGCAGCGGCGCAGCUGGGCUUGUAUUUCAGUCAGGUGACGAUAUAUCCUCAGGAGUCUAAGUAAUGACAAUCCCUCUGCGUCCCUUUGCAUUUCCACUAUAACAUGCCGCACCUGAGCACAAACUCUCCGAACCGACCCAGCUCCUUAUACACAAGAUCCGUUUCCCCCUAGCCACCAGUCUUCCAAGCAGCCUCCAAAGCUGCCUCUGCCUGGAGGAGCGAGGGGAGGGCAUCUCCCUGAGAUGACCAUGGGUCUGCUGUGGGUGUUGUGGUCCCUGGUGGCAGCCAGCAUGGCCAUCCACAUGGAGGCUGGAGGGAGCCACAGCAUGUUCACCUGCGAGCCCAUCACCUUGCGCAUGUGUCAGGACCUGCCGUAUAACUCCACCUUCAUGCCCAAUCUGCUCAACCAUUAUGACCAGCAGACUGCAGCCCUUGCUAUGGAGCCCUUCCACCCCAUGGUGAACCUGGAGUGCUCGCCCGACCUGCGGACGUUCCUCUGCGCCCUCUACACGCCCGUGUGUACCGAGUACGGGCGCAUGACGCUGCCGUGCCGGCGCCUUUGCCAGCGUGCCCGGGCCGAGUGCCGCCAGCUCAUGGAGAUCUUUGGCAUCACCUGGCCCGAGGAGAUGGAAUGUGAGAGGUUCCCAGACUGCGAGGAGUCGUACCCGCGGAGCGCCGACCUCCUCCCCAGCUCGUCGGCGACGUCGGAGCCCCCGGCCCCGGUGCAGCGCGACUACGGCUUCUGGUGCCCGCGCGAGCUCAAGGUGGACCCGGGCCUGGGCUACUCCUUCCUGGGCGCCCAGGACUGCUCGGCCCCCUGCCCCAGCAUGCAUUUCCACCGCGACGAGCUCCUCUUCGCCCGCUACUUCGUGGGCGUGGUGUCCAUCGUGUGCCUGUCGGCCACGCUCUUCACCUUCCUCACCUUCCUCAUCGACAUGGCGCGCUUCCGCUACCCCGAGCGGCCCAUCGUCUUCUACGCCGUCUGCUACAUGAUGGUGGCGCUCAUCUACUUCCUGGGCUUCCUGCUGGAGGACCGCGUGGCGUGCAACCCGGCCAGCCCCGGAAGGUUCCGGGCCGCCACCGUCACCCAGGGCUCGCACAACAAGGCCUGCACGCUGCUCUUCAUGGGCCUGUACUUCUUCACCAUGGCCGGCGGCGCCUGGUGGGUGGUGCUGACGCUCACCUGGUUCCUGGCCGCCGUGCCCAAGUGGGGCAGCGAGGCCAUCGAGAAGAAGGCGCUCAUCUUCCACGCCGCCGCCUGGGGCCUGCCGGGAAUCCUCACCGUCACUCUGCUGGCCCUCAACAAGGUGGAGGGCGACGGCCUGAGCGGCGUGUGCUUUGUGGGCAUGUACGACGGCGUGGCGCUGCGCUGGUUCCUGCUAGUGCCGCUGGGCGUGGACGUGGUGCUAGGCGUGGCGCUGCUGCUGGCCGGCAUCGCGGCGCUCAACCGUGUGCGCAUGGAGAUCCCGCUGGAAAAGGAGAACCAGGACAAGCUGGUCAAGUUCAUGAUCCGCAUCGGCGUCUUCUCGGCGCUCUACCUGGUGCCGCUGCUCACCGUCAUCGGCUGCUACCUGUACGAGCACAGCUACCGGCCCGUCUGGGAGACCAGCUGGGUGCAGGAGAAGUGUCGGCACUACCACAUCCCCUGCCCUUACCAGGUGAAACAGACCAGCCACCCUGACCUUGCCCUGUUCCUCAUCAAGUACCUGAUGACUCUGGUGGUGGGCAUCCCGUCCGUCUUCUGGGUGGGCAGCAAGAAGACCUGCUUCGAGUGGGCCAGCUUCUUCCACGGCCACCGCCGGAAAGAUAGCAUGGUGAAGGACAGCCAGCAGGGCCUCCAGGAGCCGGACCUGUCCCAGCUGCUGCUGCGCGAGCCCGGGCCGCCGGUGGUGCGCAAGUCCCGGGGCACCUCCACACAGGGCACCUCCACCCACGCGUCCUCCACGCACCUGGCCAUGCUGGACGAGCCGGCCAGCGGCAGCACCAGCCGGGCGGGAAGCGUCCGCAGCAAGGCCAGCAGCCACCCCGGCAGCCAGCGACGGGCCAGAGACGGCAGGAUCACAGCCACCAGUUUCCGCAGCCCAGAGGAGCGACUGCCGUACGGCAGCAUGCCCCGUCUCAUCGACCAAUCGCGUCACUGCAGCACCACCCGCCUGGAGAGCCAGUCGAGGCAUGGCAGCACCCAGCGGCUGGAUAGCCAAUCACGGCAGGGCAGCACACGGGACCUCAGCAUCACCACGCAGGCCGUCCAGAGCACGCCCGGCAACGGUAUCCAUCGAGUCGUCGAGGAGGACGGGGCCACAGCCUGAGUAGCAAAAGACCAUUCUCUUCAAGAUGGGAGAAGAAUGAGCCAAUGACUUAAAUAUGAACAUGGACAUUUGGAUACUGGGCUUAGAAUCCUCAGCCCACAUUUUCUCCAAAGUUCCUCUUUCCUAUCAAGACUUGGAAAACAGGGUGGGAUGUAGACUUGCAAAAACCCAAAGUGACUGAGAAUGACACAGUGGGAUUUUUUUAUAGUCGGUACAAAGCAGAGAUACAGGACGGUACUUAAUAUGAUUACAGGAGGAAUGUGAGUUUAUGCCCAUCCAGAGAGUGAGGGAAAGAGAGAGAAAGAGAGAGAGAAAGAGAAAGAGAUAGGUGUUGGGAUUGCAGGAUGUCUCUUCAGUGCAGCAGACUACAGCUCAGGGUUUAGGUGUAGUGUUAAUGUACUGGGCACAAGGUACUACCGAGCUUUUUUCGCAAGCUACAUCGAUUCCACGCAUACGGUACCGUACAGAGCACUGAGGAGGAACCGCAGACAGGCCACCCUGGAGUGGCUAACAGGAACACAUGCUGGUGCGGAGACCUUCAUGUGGACCCAAAGUUUGACCUCUACUACGCUCUCCUGCCCUCCAGCUGUUUAUUCGCAGGUUCCGACACUCAUGCGGGUGCCCGUUGGUCUCUGCUGGAUGGGACAUGUUUUUUUUUUCCGUUGCACUUCCAACUAAAAAUGGUUCAUGUGUGCUUGUGGCGAGCCUCCUUGCAAAACAAUGGGGCUUGUGUUGCUUUAUGCGUUGUCUUAAUUGGAUUUUGUGAAUUAGCAUUUCAAGGGUCAAAAUUGCUGUGUCUCAAAGCUGCAAGUAGAGCGAAAUUCCAAACAACACUUCAUUUAUGGAACUGUAGCAUAGAUAGUGUUCAGAGUUUUUUCAGGGCCAAGUCCUUGAACUAGGACACCUUUCAUUUGAGUACUUCUAUGCCCUUCCUCUUAGUAUUAAGUACUUUUUAAAAAGUAGGGAGAAGUUUAGCACUGUUUUCGAAUAGUUGCAUUGAAUGUGUAUAGAUGUAAAUGUUCUGUCUUUGUUUUCUGGGCAAAUGUGAAAUUUGUAAUA